AUGUCCUCGCAAGCCGAAGAAGAUGCCCUCAUCGGGCAGGCGCGUAAGAAGAACCCGUACAAGAAGUUCUCCUACCGCGGGAUCGACUUGGAAGGUCUCCUCGAGAUGAAGAACGAUAAGCUCGUGACGUUGUUCAACGCGCGCAUCCGUCGUCGCUUCAAGCGCAACGGCUUAACCAUGAAGCACAAGAACUUGAUCAGGAAGCUUCGCAAGGCCAAGGCGGCUGUGGUCGGUAUGGAGAAGCCGGAAACUGUGCGCACGCACCUUCGCAACAUGCCCAUCAUCCCGGAGAUGGUUGGCUCUGUCGUCGGCGUGUACAACGGCAAGGUGUUCAACACGGUUGAAAUCAAGCCGGAGAUGAUCGGGUCGUACCUCGGUGAGUACGCGAUCACGUACCGUCCGGUCUCGCACGGUCGCGCCGGUCUCUCGGGCUCCAAGUUCAUCCCGCUCAAGUAA